AUGCAAGUUGUAGACUUACUCCAUGGUCUCUCCCAAGAAUACUGGAGACCUAAGAUAACUUUUUCUAUUGAUAGUAGCCUCAUAACUCCCACCAGUAUCGAUUCAACCUCAAGCAAACUGACUUUUGAUCGUACCUUUGGCCAUUUUGUUUGGGUUUUGGUAGAUAUCAAAUUGGUCAAGGAACUUACCUACCAAAUCCUUAUGGAAAGGGCCGGGUUUGGUUUCUUUGCGGAGGUUGAAUACGAGAAACUUCCAACUUUCUGUUCUCAUUGUAAGGUGAUUGGCCACACCUUUGAAACUUGCAGAAGGCGUAUUGCCAUAUAUGCGGCCAAGGCUUCAAGUUUGGCUGCUAAAUCCCAUCAGCAACAAGAUAUUGAUCUGCAUAAUUAUGAAAAUCAACAAAAUCAUGUUGAAAUGGAUAAUGGAGCGAGUAUCUCUGAUCUUGCCACUCCUGAAAAAACUAUUUUUGUUCCCCCUCAGGAAAACAUUCAACCUAUGAUUGGUGCUGUGCCACAGUUUCGAAGCCCCAUUUUGGAACUGAUUCAUCAUAACUCAAGGUCUCCUCAGGUCUGCACCAAUAUUGCUAAUUGUGGCUCUCAUAUACCGAUUGAAGCAGAUUUUUUGAAGCAAUCAUGGGCUAAUUUAUCUGAAAUUCAUGAAGAUGACUUUCUCGGUGAAGCUGAGGAAGAUCCCAAUUAUGAACCUUUUGAUUUCCAGCUUGCCAUUUCUAAAUCUCAGAAAAAUAAAGCAAAAACAAAAUACAAGGUAAAAAACAAAUCCUCAACCUCUAAGAAGGCUGCUUUUGUGCCUUUACAAUGA